UUCAUUCUAUAAGAACCUCACAACGAAAGACACGUUCCACCGUUCACUACUCCUCUCUCUCCCUCUCUAUUUCUUUACCUGCGAUCUCCAUUAAAGCUGCUCGUAGGAGCCCUGGAUGAUAUCCGCUUGAAUAAGCUGAAAUAGAGACGAUUCAUCUCAUUUGUCAAUAACCUUUUCGGAGUCAAAGUAGUACCGUGGCUAAAAUAGCUUCACGCCAGACCUAUGGACUUUGAGCAAUAUUUGGCCCGUGAAUGGAAAUCAGUUGCUAGUGCAGCAACUGGCUCUGAAGGUUUUAGUGGUUGCUUUGAUUGCAAUAUCUGCUUUGACUUUGCACAUGAACCAGUGGUCACCCUUUGUGGUCACCUGUACUGCUGGCCCUGUAUCUACAAAUGGCUCCAUGUCCAGAGUGCAUCCCUUGCUUCUGAUGAGCACCCACAAUGCCCGGUCUGCAAGGCUGAUAUAUCUCACACCACUAUGGUACCCCUUUAUGGCCGUGGCCAAGCCCCAGCUGAAGCUGAGCUCGAACGAAAAGCACCCUAUCGAGGCAUGGCUAUACCUCCUAGACCAUCAGCUUGUGGUGCUCAAGCUUUAGUAACUAGUACACCUAAUUCUGGUCAGCAGCUUCCAUACCGCAAUCCUUAUCAAAAUCAUAUCUAUAAUGCUGAUCCAUACCGCAGCUUUGAAGAUGCUUCUUCAUCGCCUUUACUUAAUCUUGGAAGUAGCACAAUGACGAGUUUCCACCACCCAUUUAUUGGUAUGUUUGGUGAGAUGGUUUAUGCAAGGGUUUUCGGAAACUCAGAGAGCUUAUACACAUAUCCAAAUUCGUAUCACCUAGUGGGAAGUAGUAGCCCCAGACUGAGAAGGCAGGAGCUGGCCGCAGAUAAGUCAUUGAACAGAAUCUCAAUUUUCCUUUUCUGUUGUUUUCUUCUAUGCCUCAUCGUAUUCUGAAAAUAAAUAUAGGUCGUUAGCCACUGGACCUCUUGUAUACUCUGUAAAAAGCAUCGGAUGUAAGCUUAUGAAACAUUACUAGGAUGAGAUAUAUGUGUAUAACAUUAAAACAUAUCCCAUUUUCUCUAAUAUGUGAUUGUUUGGCUUAGCUCAGUCAGCUGAGUUUGUUUAUGUUGAAUCUGUCAGUACCAUUCUUCAUUGCCGGUAUACGAACGGUAUAUGCCAAUAUUCAAUUUGCUUGUGAA